AUGACUAGAUAUAGGGCACUGAGUUUAGUCAAAGGGGUUUCCCGGAGCACCCAUGCUCAAUUGACCUCUCCAAAGUUUGGCUAUAAAAGAUACUCUACUAAUGUAUCAACAGGUACCCCUACGCCUACAAAAGAUUCGCUGCACGAAGCGCUACAGAAUUUAAAAACGGUAUUUCCGAAUCGAAACGAACUGUAUUCUCGCAUAGAUUUAGUGACUUCUUCAAGUCCAGUACCGAAAAUUGGCGUGAUACCUUUCAAAUCCGCUCGUGAUGAUAUCAAAUCAUUGACAGAGUCACUACUGGCAGACCCAUUAGCAUCAAAUCAGGAUUGGUUCCAGGCAUUUAGAAAUAGAUUAUUGAGCAAAGAUGUUCUUAUCAAGUGGGCACCUGCUUUUGAGUACGUUGGAAAUAACAACUCUCUAAUUGAGUACCCAGUUCCAUUUCGAACUGCUGAUGACAGUACUAGACAGAACACACAGAUAUUAGAAGUGAAUUCGGUUUCCGACUCCAUGGAACAUCUGAAGGAUUGUCAUUUGCAUAUUUUCGUUACCACCAGUGUGAAAGACGUACUGGCAAUGUCGCCAUUACCCAAGACUGAUUACCCAUCUAUUUUGGUUGUAGAUGAUGCCAGAGCUGUUCGGUUGGAUCAAGAUCAAGAGCCUGCUGGCGCCGCAAUAUCACAGACAAAGUUUCCUUCGACUGUUUGGGUUUCGUCAAAGAUUGCUUUAGAAGCAGUCGACAAGUUGAUUGAAAGCCCUUCAAAUUCAUCUAUAUAUUUAACGAAAUGGAAGGAGAGUCGCAUUGCUACCGUGGAGGACAUUGUAUUCUCUAGCCUACCAGUUCUUAACGGCCACCUAGUGGACUCAGUCAUAGCAACCUGUCAGUCGAUUGUGGAACCUAGUUUAAAGUCACAUGCUGAGCAACAAGCAGAGAAAGGAAUCAGUGAGACUGUUCAAAUGCGAGAGCAAUGGGCUCAACAAGCACACCGUGAGCUUCAAGGUACACUUUCUCAAUCUCUAGAAACCAUGCAAAGCUCGAUUCUGGCAUGGUGGAAGCUAUACUACAAAGUUGAUGAUAUUUAUGACACAGCAUUAACAGUUAUUUAUCGUCAAUUCCUCCCGAUCUCCAAGGAAAGACUUGAAUACUGUCUGGGAAGAAUUGACCAACAGGCUAUUGAGAUAUAUGGAACAGCGCCAUCUACCUCACCUCCAACAGAGAUUUUCGAUGCCCAAAAUGCACUUGCUGCGACCGAAGCUGUCACAUUACAUGAUACGGGAUUGAAGCUAUUGACAACAACCAUUUUCGGUAUUCAGCUCCCAUUAACGAUAAUCCCACUUCUGGGUGUAUACUUCUAUGACUAUUCAAUGUACGCCAUGGCAUCCAUAAUUGGAUUGGGAGUUGUAGUAGGGUUCCGAUACCUCCAAAAGGGAUGGCUAAAGGCUACUGAUCAGUUCAAUCUGGCAGUAAAAGAAAAAGCACGCCUGGUUCUAGCGUCGUCAGAAAGAUUGAUUUGGUCGUCAUACGAAAGCAAGGUUCUUGAGCAGCAGAAGCUGGCUUCUCACCGCCAGCAGCUCAUAGAAAAUGUUCGAAGAGCUAAGGGUAAUUAUAAUUAA